AGCUACUUUGAUGUCAAACUGAACUUCCUACUACGAAUAACUUCCUGUGGCUUCAGACAGUUCCAACUGAGGCGGUUUUGUAGUUAGGUAACAGUAACACAGCUGGUGAACUGUGUGUACAUUUGUUGUUUUCGUAAAAUCGUACUGUUUAAUUAAUUACGUUAUAUUUUUCAGAUAUUAAGUUAGUUAGCGUAGCUCCCAAGCUAACUGCCCUCGUCCAGUGGCAAUCAAGCUCAAGAAACAAAAGCGGCCUUAGCCUUGUUGCCUGCAUACAACCGAGCUCAAUUUUAUCGUCUCGGGCUGAGUGGACCAACGUGAACAAGCAUUACCGUUUGGUCAGCGGUAUUUUGUGUCACGUAUUUGGGGUGUGGGGGUUGUUCCUCUCAUGCGUUUCCGUAAAAUGUGUUAUCGGUGAAUUAUGAGGAAUGCUAGCUAGCUAGCUAGUCCAAAAUGCUAGCUAGCUAGUUGGCUAGUUAGCAAACUUGGAUCGUUGUUGUCAAACAUUUGAAAAUAGCUAACGUUAAGUCACAAAUGCAUUUGACGUUUUGCUGGCUGGCCGUAUUGCACGAUCCUCAUCUUGUUGGCUAGCUAACCCCCUUUUCGUAGCAAACUACAACUAGCCUUUUCGCUGAGUGAGCCAAGUUAGCUUGCGUAAAUGUUUCUACUGCACGAGUGAAGCAAAGGGUUUUGAAUGUACUUAUCUGCAAACCUUCUCCUGGAAGUUACCCGCUACCACCGAUAGACUACAAGUUCUACGGGAAAUGGUAAACUUUCACGUGAGCUCAUGGAGAAGAAGGCCUUUGAGGGAUGGCUGGAGUCGGUCUCCGCCUCCUUCCUCACGCUAACCGACCAGCAGAAGAACCAGUCGCUGGACCACCUGAUUGGCCUGAGCGGGGCGGCGCAGCUGCGGCACCUCUCCAACAGCCUGGAGACGCUGCUGAAGCGCGACUUCCUCAAGCUCCUCCCCCUGGAGCUCACCUUCUACCUGCUGCGCUGGCUGGACCCCAAGACCCUGCUCACCUGCUGCCUGGUGUGCAAGCAGUGGAACAAGGCCAUCAACACCUGCACCGAGGUGUGGCAGGGGGCGUGCCGCGACCUGGGCUGGCAGAUCGACGAGUCCAUCCAGGACGCCUCCCACUGGAAGAAGGUCUACCUGAAGGCCAAGCUGAGGAUGAAGCAGCUGAAGAACCAGGAGGCCUUCGAGACAUCCUCGCUGAUCGGGCACAGCGCACGCGUGUAUGCCCUCUACUACAGGGACGGUCUGCUGUGCACAGGCUCUGAUGACUUGUCUGCUAAGCUGUGGGACGUGUGCACUGGGCAGUGUAUCUACGGCAUCCAGACGCACACCUGUGCAGCGGUGAAGUUUGACGAGCAGAAGCUGGUGACGGGUUCCUUUGACAACACGAUCGCCUGCUGGGAGUGGAGCUCGGGAGCGAAAAUACAGCACUUCCGCGGACACACUGGCGCUGUGUUCAGCAUAGAUUACAACGAUGAGCUGGAUACUCUGGUUAGCGGUUCAGCCGACUUCUCCGUGAAGGUCUGGUCUUUGUCAGCAGGGGCCUGUCUAAACACCCUUACCGGGCACACAGAGUGGGUCACGAAGGUGGUCUUGCAAAAAAGCCAAGUGGAGUCUCUGAUGCAUAGUCCUGGUGACUAUAUUUUAUUAAGUGCAGAUAAAUAUGAAAUCAAGGUGUGGCCGAUAGGCAGAGAGAUCAACUGCAAGUGCUUGAAGACCCUGACGGUGUCGGAGGACCGCAGCGUGUGCCUGCAGCCCCGGCUGCAGUUCGACGGGCGCUACAUCGUGUGCAGCUCCGACCUGGGCCUCUACCAGUGGGACUUCGCCAGCUACCAGAUUCUCAGUAAGCCAGCAGCAGGGGAGUUGUUGAAGUGGUCGCAUGUGUCAGAACGGGUUAUCAAAACGCAGGAUUCCGCCAACCUGUCCUUGCUGAGUUUUGGAGAAGUUUUUGCCCUCUUGUUUGACAACCAUUACUUGUAUAUUAUGGAUCUGAGGACAGAGACAAUAACGGGCCGCUGGCCUCUGCCCGCCUACAGGAAGUCCAAAAGAGGAUCCAGUUUCCUGCCCGGUGUGACUUCCUGGCUGAACGGGCUGGAUGGACAGAAUGACUCUGGGCUGGUAUUUGCCACGAGCAUGCCUGAUCAUAGCAUUCAUUUGGUACUGUGGAAGGAGAAUGGGUAGAUGCCGGAAAUGCCCUGGUGUGUUCAAAACACAAAAUCUGAAUAGGUAAAAAUCGAUUGGUGCUGCUUAUUUCGAAUAUGUGGCCAUGAAGUCAAGAUACUGCAUGAACCAAAGUUUUGCAAAAAAAAAACCUGCUGCACACACAAAAAAAAAACAUGAAAAAAACCACACACACAAGAAGCAUUGUGCAACUCCCAGCUUUGUAGGCAGUGUAAACGGGUGAAUACAAGCCAGUCAGCAUGUGCAGACCACAACCAUGUUACAAAAACAUAGCACCUGCUGCGUGUACGGCAUUUUUAUUCUUUUAUAAUUUUUUGCAAAAAAAAAAAAAAAAAGUCAAUGAAAAGUAAAACAUUAUCACCAACUUGUUUGUGAGGAAACCUGCGUCUGUUCUCAACACCUUUGAAUUCAUUUUCUUUUUGAAAUCAUUUUAUAGCAGAGGUGCAGUUAAAACUGUUGGUUUGCUUGGUCGACUCAGAAUGAGUCUGAGGUAAGUCUCCAGACCUAUGAACUCUAACUGGAGUAUUCCCUGUUCUCCCACCACCGCCACUGAUGUGUUGGAAAUAUUUCAUUAAAAUGGCAAAUGUUAUAACUGUGACUUGGAAAACAGAUCAAACAGCCUGCAUCGUAAAACUCACAACCCUCCCCAAUCAUAUGCUUUAUUAACAUACAUGUGUAUGUGUGUGUCCUCUGGUUAGGUUUCAAGGUAUUAAAGUCACCUUAAGUUUAUCAAAUUUAAUUUCAGUGUUUUCACUUUUAAUUAACAUCUCCAGUGUGAGCAAUGGUAUUACAAUUAGAUUUUUGGGUUUUAACAGUUUAUUUAAAUGAACACGUCACGCACUAUACCCACCAGUGCAGAAUAAGGGUAAUUUGUUUGGUCGGUUAGCUCUUAAGACCAUGUGUGACACGAGUAAAUGGCUCAUGUUUUUCCCAUUGACACUUGUUUAUAUAAUCCUGCACAGGCAAUCAGCGCAGUCGACGGCCUCAGUAAGUUCUGGCAGAUUUUCCAUGGUUUAGAACGGGGAGGGAAAGUACUGUGCCAUAUAGUUUUGUCUUCCUGAAUUUCACCAUUAUUGCAAUAUUUUUUUAAAGGCACCCCUACAUGAUGUACUGUGUAUCUGUGUGUGAGCAGUACAUAUUUACAGCAAUAUGUGAGUAUUUGUACAUAUGCAUACAAGUACUUGUAUAUUAAUGUGUAACGCAGGUGUGCGUGUUUUGUGUAUGUGCACUUGCAUAUGCACCCAAGUGUACACAGCAGUGGACAAAACCAUAGCGUCACCCGUUUUUAAUGAGGUGUAUAAAUCUGGAAGUGAAUGAACUAAUAUAAAACUGUUGUGUAUAUUGUGUUGUGUCAGCUGACUCGUACUAUAUCAGUUGUCCAAUCAUAUGGAAUGCUCAAACCGGGCACCGGCUUUGCACAAGGGCAUCUCUUCCUUUGGCCUAGGAACAGUUCUUUUAAUGCGUUUGAAUAAAUGGUAUCAGGAUUCCA